AUGUCCGAUAUAGGCUCAGUUCAAAUGAUAACACUUCAACCCAUUCAGUACCAAUUAGUUGAGCUUAGCUUAUUUUACCAACCACAAAAAGAUAAUAAUAUUUAUCAUAUAACUUGUAAGAAAAUCACGCAAGAUCAUCUUCAAGGUACAGGAAACUCGGACGAUAGUUAUGAUUACAAGUUCUUUAUAGAAAGCUUAGAUGAUUUUACGACGACAUUUCAUGUUACAUGUACUAAAUUAUUACCAAAUUCUUUAAUUUUAAAUAUAUUGAACAAGAAAUUUUAUGGAUUUGAUUUUGACGUAACUGAAUUGGGACGUAGACAUUUACUAACUUUGCAUCAAAAGUUAAAUUUCGAACGUAACUUAAGGCAAAAUUCUUCCCUCGUACUUUUCAACAUCCAAUCCUUAAUAGUGAAGCGAUAUUUAUUCCAAUGA